UUGCCGAUGCGGCUCAGAAGGCUGAGCAAUCUGAAGGCGAAUAUGCUACGUUGGAAGAAGACACACAUCUGAAAAUCAUGCCAAAGCAACCCGCUGCACCACAAGAGGGACAAGUAGAGACGGUAUCAAACAAAGAAUCAUCGGGAGAUAAGAACCAGGAGAAAUCUGCGGAAGCUCAGGUGGAUGUUGCUGCCUCGGUUGGUGACUUGGAAAGUGUGGAGCAACAGCAGCAGCCACAGCAGCAGCAGCAAAGUGAACCACCUAAAGAUAUUGACGAAACGACAUCUAAAGGUAGGAAACAAUCUGACGUGUUUGAAGUCAAAGAAUAUUCUGGUUCUGCGGAAGUUCGGGUAGAUGGUGGUGGCCCUGUCGACGACACAGGAAGCGAACAGCAGCAGCAUCAUGAACAGCGACAACAGCAGCAGGAAGGUGAACCGCCCCAAGAUAUCAAUGUGACGAAAGCUAAAGACGAAAAACAAAGGGAUGUGAUAGAAGUUGAAGAGAAGAUUGCAAAAGGGAAGGAAAAAUAUGAUGUGAUUAAAGUUGAAAAGACGUUAGCUGAAGAUGAAGAAUAUGAUUCGAUUGGAGUUGAACAGACAAGAGCUCUAGCUCAGGAAGAAUAUGAUGUGAUUGAAGUUGAAAAGGCAAAAGCUGGAGAUGGGGAAGAAUCUGAUGGGGUAGAAGUUGAAAAGACUAAAUCUAAAGACGAGGAACAAUCGGAUGUGUCUGAAGUUGACGUAGACAAGAAACAAUUGUAUGUGGUAGAAGAUAAACAGGAGAUGACAAGAGGUAAGGAAGAAUGGAAUAUGAUUAAGCUUGAAAAGACGAUGUCUAAAGAUGAGGAAGAAUCUGAUUGGGUGGAAGUUGAAAACAUGAUAUCUAAAGCUGAGAAAGAAUAUGAUGUGAUCAAAGUUGAACAGACAAUAGCUAAAGAUGGGGAAGAAUUUGAAUGGAUGGAAGUUGGAAAGAUGACAGCUAAAGUUGGGUUAGAAGUUGAAAAGAUUAUAGCUAAAGCUGAAGAAGAAUCUGACGUGAUCAAAGUUGAAAAGAACAUAGCUAAAGCGAAGGAACCAUGUGAAGUGAUUAAAGUUGAAAAGACAAGAGCUGAAGAUGAGGAAGACUCUCAUGGGGUAGAAGUUGGAAAGAUGGAAGCUAAAAAUGAAGAAUGUGAUGUGAUUCAAGUUGAACAGACGUUAGCUAAAGAUGAGAAAGAAUCUGAUGGGGUAGAAGUUAGAAAGAUAAUGACUAAAGCUGAGAAAGAAUCUGUUGUAAUUAAAGAUGAAAAGACGACAGCUAAAAAAGAAGACGAAUCUGAUGGAAUAGAAGUUGAAAAGAUGGAAGGUAAAACUGAGGAACAAUCUGAUGUGAUUCAAGUCGAAAAGACAAUAUGUAAAUGUGAAGAAUCUGAUGGAGUAGAAGUAGAAAAGAUAACAUCUAAAGAUGAGGGAGAAUCCGAUAUUAUUGAAGUUGAACAGAUGACAGCUAAAGAUGAGGAAGAAUUAGAUGGGGUAGAGGUUGAAAAGACAAUAGCUAAAGAUGAGAAAGAAUCUGACGUGAUCAAAGUUGAAAAGAACGUAGCUAAAGCUAAAGAAGCAUGUGAAGUGAUUAAAGUUGAAAAGACAAGAGCUGAAGAUGAGGAAGAAUAUCAUGGGGUAGAAGUUGCAAAGUUGGAAGCUAAAACUGAAGAAGAAUUUGAUGCCAUUAAAGUUGAAAAGAUGACAGCUACAGCUGAGGAAGAUCCUGAUUUUAUUGCGGUUGAAAAGGCGAUAGCUGAAGAUGAGGAAAACUCUCAUGGGGUAGAAAUUGUAAAGACGACAGCUACAGAGGGGGAGGAAUGUGAUGUGAUAAAAGUUGAAAAGAAGAAAGCUAAAAAUGAAGAAUGUGAUGUCAUUCAAGUUGAACAGACGUUAGCUAAAGAUGAAGAAGAAUCUGAUUGGGUGGAAGUUGAAAAGAUGGUAGCUAAGGCUGAGGAAGAAUCUGAUGUGAUAGAAGUUGAACAGACAAUAGCUAAAGUUAAGGAAGAAUCUGAUGUAAUUAAAGAGGAAAUGACGAUGGCUAAGGAAGAAAGUGAUGUGAUUAAAGAUCAAAAGACGAGAGCUAAAGCUAAGGCAGUAUCCAAUGUGAUUGCAGUUGAAAAGUCGAUCACUGAAGAGGAGAGAGAAUCUCAUGGGGAUGAAGAAUGUGAUGUGAUUCAAGUUGAACAGACGAUGGCUAAAGAUGAGAAAGAAUCUGAUGGGGUAGAAGUUAUAAAGAUGAUGUCUAAAGCUGAGGAAGAAUUUGUUGUGAUUGAAGAUGAAAAGACGACAGCUAAAGAUGAAGACGAAUCUGAUGGAAUAGAAGUUGAAAAGACGGAAGGUAAAACUGAGGAACAAUCUGAUGUGAUUCAAGUCGAAAAGACAAUAUCUAAAAAUGAAGAAUCUGAAGGAGUAGAAGUAGAAAAAAUAAUAACUAAAGAUGAGGGAGAAUCCGAUAUUAUUGAAGUUGAACAGAUGACAGCUAAAGAUGAGGAAGAAUUAGAUGGGGUAGAGGUUGAAAAGACAAUAGCUAAAAAUGAGAAAGAAUCUAUUGCGGUUAAAGUUCAAAAGACAAUAGCUAAUGCUAAGGAACCAUGUGAAGUGAUUACAGUUGAAAAGACGAUUGCUAAAGAUGAGGAGGAAUGUGAUGUGAUAGAAGUUGUAAAUAAGAAAGCUAAAAAUGAAGAAUGUGAUGUGGUGAAAGUUCAACAGACAAACGUUAAAGAUGAAAUACAAUCUGAUGUGUUGGAAGUUGAAGAAGAUUCCGCUUCUGCGGAAGUUCGGGUGGAUGGUGGUGGCCCUGUCGGUGGCACAGUAAGCGAACAGCAGCAGCAUCACGAAGAGCAACUGCAGCAGCAGGAAGCCAAACCGCCCCCAGAUAAAGACAAGAAACAAGCGGGUGUGGUAGAAGAUGAAAAGAAGACUACAACAGACAAGAGUAAGAAUCUCAUGGAGAAGAAGUGA